AUGCCUGGCUUACUACUCUCCUCUAUUCAACGCUUUGACCUCUCCACGGGCAUCUCAGAGGCUGGAUGGAACGCUCUACACUCUAAUGCUGCUCGUGCCAAUCUUGUUCUUCCCCAUGCAGAGAAAGUUUUUGGCCGCCAAAAGUUCACGCCCAAAAUCGAUGCUACUGAACAGCUUUGGUUGGCAUACUCGCAGCCUGGAACUUCCAAAAUCUCCCUCGUGCUUUCCUGCACAGAGGGACCGCUAGGCAAAUACCCCCUGUUCAUCAUUCCCACAAUCCCCAUUGCGGAUUUUACCCCCGAGCUCAUUGAAAGCUCCACGGAGGCGUUGUGCAGCGCACUUCUGGACGAGCCCGGCUUCAGGAAGGAGCGAGUCUUUUCCAUUUUCUCCGUUGAGAUCAUCACAGAGGCCUUCGCUCUGACAUGGGAAAGACUCACAGGGAUUGGUCGCAUCAAGAAACCGUAUUACAGCGCAUUUUUCUCGGUGUGUACCGAAAGCACAUUGAUCCGCCAACAGCGACCUCCUCGUCCAUCAGAGGAUGUGAUUCUCGAGCCGCGUCUUGCUGUAGAACAGGACGCUGACGAGAUUGCUAAACUGUGCCGCGAUUUUGCGGCACCUCCGGACCCGUUCACCCUCAGUGAGGAGAAAGCCGGCAAAGAAGCUAGGCUUUUGAUUGCCAACAAAUCAGUUUGGGUCCUCGAGAUCAAAAAGCGCAAAGAAGAACCCGAAAAUGAAAAACCCGAAAUUGCCACUAUUGUUGCCGCGACGCGGAAGUCAGAAGGCAUUGCUACCAUCUCCAAGGUCUACACCCCAAAGAAAUGGAGGGGUAAAGGCUGUGCUGAGAUAUUAGUUCGACAUGCAUGCAUCGAGUUGCUGGAGAAGUAUAAGGAAAUCGUCUUAUACGUCGGUGUUGAGUUGGGGUCCGCCAAGACAGUGUAUGGCCGCGUGGGUUUCCAGGGUCUUGAUGAUGAGUCUCCCUUGUCCGAGCGAUGGCUCGAGAUUGGUUUCGAUCAAGAUAAAGUCGAACUCGGUCAUUGGUAG